UUACCCUUGCUGCAGGUGUCGGCGGUAAGGCAGUUCCUGCUCACCAACCUGGUGGAGGCCGAGGGCCGUUACAUGUGGCGGGUGAACCUGGAGGCCAUUUCCCACCAUAUGGCCAAUAUCGUGGGCUUCCCUGUGUUCCAUGCCCCUUACCCAGGACCCACGCUCUUUCUAGCAGGAUCUGACUCGCCCUAUGUCAGCUCCGAGGACUACCCAGAGAUCGAGCGGCUCUUUCCCGAGGCAGAGAUCCAGUAUAUCCCAGGUGCUGGCCACUGGGUCCAUGCAGAUAAGUCCCAAGACUUCAUCACAGCCAUCUGCAACUUCCUGCUGCUGCCAUAGAGCUCCUUCCUGUGCAGGCCGAGAGAGCGUGAUUCCCGGGACUGCCUACUCCUGGAUCACCACAUGAAGGACAUGGGGAUCCUCUUGGGGACAGAUCACUGCUGAGGUGUGGCCCCUGUCCACAAGCAGGGCCUCUGGGAUGGAAGGCUCAGCACCUGACCCAUGCAUCUGUGUGGCAGGCUAGAGCAGAGAGUGAGGCAGGGCUGCACUGCCAGGGCCAGGAUCUCUCUCCACCCCAUGCAGCUGGAGAUGAUUUGGCCUCAGUGCUUGUUCCAGCGGGCCAGGGCAGAUCUGUAGUUGAGGCUCCCCCUAGGCCAUCAUGCCCUUCCAUGUGCAUCCCCAACGUGUUGGGGCAGUGGCCCAUGGGCUCCCUGGCCCUGUUCUUCCCUCUUACUUGAAUCCUUUCUUUGAGGUCUUAAGGCUGUUCCCAUUCCCAGCCCCCUUCCCCAGCUGCCUCCAAGCACACACAGACCCUUCACUGGGCCGUUUCUCAGGGACUCUGAGCUCUAGGGUGGGCGAUCAGAGUCCAAUCUGUCCAGAUUCCAGCGUGCAACCCCAACCUUGCUGGAGGUUCCCAUCCUCCACCAGAGGCUGGAACCAGAGCGCUGCCUACUCUUGCACUGCCUUUCUGUAUAACUUCCUGGGACUCUGUACAGUAUUUAAAAUAAAGCCAAAUCAGCACGGAGGCAUCUACACCUACAGGCCUUCUCCCAGAGGCAAGACAAGGGGAGUGGGGCAGCAGUGAAUUGGGCAGCAUGGUCUCCUCUCAGCCUUAGCAGAAUGAGAGUCCAGAGAUUCUCCUUGCCUCACAACAUAAGAACCAGGGGACAUCAAUGAAAUUAAAAGUCAGGAAAUUCAGAUCAGAUCAAAGGAAAUGCAGUACUGUUUCACCCAACACAUACAACUGUGAAACUCACUGCCACUGGACAUCAUUAAGGCCCUGAGUUUAUCCAGACUCAGAUAGAGACUGGGCAUUUAUCUGGAUAACAAGAACUUCCAGGCUCAACAAUUAAUGUUAAAAGAAGAGUUUUGGAAGGGAGAUUAAACCCUCCUGCUUCAAGGUGUAACUGAUCAUUAGGGA